AAUCUCUGUCAAUAGUCGUAAAAAAUAGAGCCUGGCAGUGCUGAGCUCACAUGCAUUUCGUCUUGAUGUCGAUAUUACAACGUCGGAGUCGGAAUCCAAUCAUGAGCCCGUCCGAACUUGUUGCGCUGUUGCUGCUGCCUGCUGAGUGCUGGCCGACUGAUGUGGUGGUUCUACCGCAAGGGGCCCUCGGGCUUCGCCGGCGCCUCCACGGCCGAGGAGGUCACCGCCGGCAUCGACGGCCGCGGCUUGGUCGCCGUCAUCACAGGUGCGUCGAGAGGAAUCGGGCGGGAGACGGCGCGCGUGCUGGCGCUGCGGGGCGUGCGCGUCGUCAUGGCCGUCCGCGACGUCUCCGCGGGGGUCAGGGCCAAGGAGGCCAUCCAGGCCGAGAUCCGCGGCGGCGCGGAGCUGGACGUGCUGGAGCUGGACCUUAGCUCCAUGGCUUCCGUCAGGAGAUUCGCCGCAGAGUUCGCCUCCCUCAGCCUGCCCCUCAACAUCCUUAUCAACAACGCUGGAGUCAUGGCGAGGGACUGCACCCGUUCCCCCGACGGCCUAGAGCUGCACUUCGCCACGAACCACAUCGGGCAUUUCCUUCUGACAAACCUGCUGCUGGAGAACAUGAAGAGCGCGUGCCGGGACAGCGGCGUGGAAGGAAGGAUCGUUAACGUGUCAUCUUCCGGGCAUAUCAUGACCUACCCCGAAGGGAUAUGCUUCGACAAAGUGCAUGAUCCUUCAGGGUUCAACAGCCUCAUUGCUUAUGGCCAGUCCAAGCUUGCAAACAUUCUCCACAUGAAUGAGCUGUCCCGGAUUCUCAAGGAUGAAGGGGUCAACAUUUCAGCUAACACGGUCCAUCCGGGCGUCAUCGUGACAAGCCUUUUCAGAAACAGGACCAUUGUGAGCGCUCUCAUGAACACCGUUGGAAGAAUCAUAAGCAGAAGCGUCCAACAGGGUGCUGCAACGACAUGUUAUGUGGCGAUGCACCCUCAAGUCCAGGGGAUAACUGGUACUCCCUCUAUAAACUAAUAUAAGAGCAUUUAGAUUACUACUUUAGUAUUCUAAACGCUCUUAUAUUAGUUUACGGAGGGAGUAAAUACUUCGGCAAUUGUAAUAUAGCCAACACAAGCUCGCAAGCUGUAGAUGCAGAAUUGGCCAAGAAGUUGUCGAACUUCAGCUUGCAGAUAGUGUCUUCUUGAUGUGCCGGUUUCAGAUCAAAUGAUUGUUCGGUAUACGCUCUCAUGUCUGCUACUUUUAUGUUCGACUGCUUAGACCAAGACGACAGAAGCAUAAGACUUCAAAGUGAUGGUUGGUAUAUCAGAGUGCAGUUGUGUCGUGCCGCCGUGGUGCUUAUACGGUCACACGUAAGUAGUGAAGAUUAGAUCAUGAGAGUUAAUGUCUUGCUUCACUGUCUAUGAAAAGUUUGGGCACGUCUAUUGUCUGUUGUAAUUAUCAAUUUCUGUUGGUAUUAUUUUUGGUCUGGAAGUCUUCACAAAUUUCGCCG